UUGUACAGCAGUCCGGGGUGACUCCAAGAAACAAGAGCGUUAAACUUAAAGACUUUGAUCUAAUUACAAUGCCUGGAGAUCCUGAUAAGGGUAGUAAACUAUUUAGAACGCGCUGUUCGCAGUGUCAUAAUAUAAGUGAUGGUACUAAACACAAGGUCGGUCCCGACCUUGCUGGUUUUUGGGGAAGGAAAACGGGUCAAGCUAAAGGUUACAGUUACACCGAUGCAAACGUAAAUAAGAAUAUAACUUGGGAUGAAAAAACGUUGGAUGAGUACCUUAUUAAUCCUAAAAAGUACAUUCCUGGUACUAAGAUGGUGUUUGGAGGCCUUAAAAACGAAAAAGACCGCUCUGACUUAAUCGCUUAUUUGGAGAAGAGUUGCAAGUCCUAAUUUUUUGUCUUCGUGCU